UGCCCAUUCGCACCCCUUGAAAUUCAUGGAACAUUCCCCCCAUCAUCCUAAGGCCAAAACCCGCUUAGCAAACAUAAAUCCCCGUUCCUCACAAGCACAAAGCGCGCCAUCUUUCCCCCUCAGGAAUUGCAUGCGAUCGUCCUCCCCAAAAGCUCUUCGGAAAAAAAACCAUGCAGGUCCUGCUCGAGAAGCCGCUGCAGAGGCCGCGCCUCCCGCAGAGAUCUGUCUCCUUCAUCGGCGAGAACCGGGUCGGCCGCAGGUGCGCCUCGCCAGUGGCGUCAUCCCCGCGGCGCCGGCCGGCCUGCACGUGCACGAGGGGUCCUGGGUCGGUCCAGUGCAGCCGCCACGGGUACGUCGUGCCCGACGACAGGGCGGUGAGGACGAAUCAGGCGAACAGAGAGAUCCUGAAGAGGGCCUUGACGCCGCCGGCUCGCCGGUUCAGCCUCCGGAGGUGGAGCUUCAGGCCGACCCCGAGCAGGCUCUCGACCAUGUCGACGGCUUGAGUUCGCUUAGAUCAGAGCGUUUGUCUUCCACAUGAUCUGCUCGCGAGGAGGAUGGGGGAUGUCGAGGUCCGCCGGUGCAGCAGUGUAUAAAGUGAAUCGAUUUCUUCAUCGCUCGAGGGACGAGCUCCAUGUAAAUCGCAUCAAUUUUGAUCUUUCAAGGGUACUGUAGCGUGGCCUUUGUUACUUUUAUUUUUUGAUGUUUUGGUCCGGAUCGGAUGGCUGCUUUCGGAGUCGGUCUUAGGAGAAACUAGCAUCAGCAGUGCCAGGCAAUAUUGUUUGUGGGCAUCUUUUAGUUCCCACCGUGUUUGACAAUUCUAGAGUGUAAUUGAAUUUGAGAAUUCUCUAGGCCGAACGGAUUUGGA